AUGUCUGAGAAAUCAGCUACUACAUCUGCUCAUUUGUUAGGUGGUUUUUUUGGAGGUCUUUCAUCGGCUGUUACACUUCAGCCCUUAGACCUUUUAAAGACUAGAAUUCAACAAAACAAGAAUGCUACCCUUUUUACAGUGUUAAAACAGAUUGACAACCCAUUGAAUCUCUGGAGAGGUACCAUAACCUCAGCAGUGAGAACUUCCACCGGAAGUGCACUUUACCUUUCAUGUUUGAAUCUGAUGAGAACUGCGUUGGCCAAAGACAGAGGAUCGUCUGCUGCAGGCCCCAGCAGUAGCAAUUUGCCUCAAUUGACCACCUACGAGAACCUAAUUGCUGGGGCACUGGCUAGAGGUAUUGUCGGUUACCUUACGAUGCCAUUUACCGUUUUAAAAGUGAGAUAUGAAUCGACAUUGUACAACUAUUCAAGCAUAAGCGAAGCUACAAGAGAUGUCUAUAGAACUUAUGGUAUCAAGGGGUUUUUCCGUGGAUUUGGCCCAACAAGUUUAAGAGAUGUACCUUAUUCUGGCCUAUACGUUUUACUCUAUGAGAAAGCAAAAUUAAUAGUGCCUCUAAUACUACCGCGUGAAGUGAUAGCUCACGAACAUAAUGGCAAAUUUACAUCAACAACUUCAGCGACAGUUAAUGCAUUAAGUGCAAUUUUCUCAGCAAGUUUAGCUACUUCCAUAACAGCACCAUUCGACACCAUAAAGACUAGGAUGCAAUUAGAACCCAAAAAAUUCACUAGUUUUUUUACGACUUUAACCAUAAUCGUUAGGCAAGAAAGUCCUAUAAAAUUAUUUAGUGGAUUAAGCAUGAGACUAACUAGAAAGGCAUUGAGUGCUGGGAUUGCAUGGGGUAUUUAUGAGGAACUGAUAAAAAGAUUUAUGUAA